ACGUAUAUUAUAGUAAAUGUUGCAUAUUACAAAUUAUUGAAAUGGAAAUAUUGUAUCAAUUUAAUUACUCGAUUUAAUUAGAACAGGACCUAAAAGUGAAGCUCAAUUAUUCUAAUAACCUUGCAAAUUAGCUUCACUUCCUUCUUUUGAUUUACCAUCCUGUUUAUAAAACAUUGUUUUUCAAAAGUUUUCUCCGUUGAACUAUAACCCGGCCUGUCAUGCGCAGAAAUCUUAUCAGCUCUGCUGACCUGCGCCUAUCAUUACUGAGUAAGACAGUGCCAAAGCAACCGGACUCUUUGCUCCCAGACAUCCAACCUCCUUUUAUAACAAAACUAUGACUGUUCCAAAUACAAAAUAUACCAUAGUGAAAACUCUACUUGUUUAGUUUGUGUUGUGUUUUUUAAUUAAAUUCUAAAAUGAAGGUUUUAAUCGUGCUAAAUAUAGUGCUGUGUUUAAUUUCGACGAAUUUUGUCUGUGCCACCCUCUCAUCAUCCGAGGAGUCAUACGUCACAGACUCAUGCUGCUCUCACGCCGAGGGUGCGGCGCUGUCUGCCUCCUCAUGUGCAGCUAUAGAACCGCCUGAAGACAUCGAGCCUGAACAACUGGAGACAUGCGUGGCAGCUAUCGCCAGCUGUUGUGAAAAACAAUUCAAACUAAAGGACUCUUGCGCAGCGGGAAUGAAAUUAGCAGCUGCUAAGAAAUGUAGCACUCCAGAUUCUGAAAUCGGGAAGACAUGUUGCGAGGAGUGUUCCUUCGGAAGAUGGACAGGCGAGUCCCAGGGUAAGGAGGCGUGUGGCUCCCCUCCAUCACCAGAAGGCGUCAGUCCUGAAACUGCGCUCAGGAAGAAUGCCUAUCAUGCGUGUUGUGUGGAAGCGGCAGAAACCCCAGAAACUACCACAGAAAAGAAACCGGAGACCACAACGCCGAAAAAAGUGGAGACCACAACAGAGAAAAGAGUGGAAACCACAACAGUGAAGCAGACAUGCAAGAAGGAUUCGUGCGAGCACGAGUGUGAUGACGAAGGCGGCGUCGUGAGGUGUUCCUGCCGCGAGGGGUACCGGCUGCAGGAUGACAAGAAGUCCUGUAAAGAUAUAAAUGAGUGUGCGGAAGCGACUGAUGAUUUAUGUACAGUGGAGGAUACCGUGUGCCAUAACAUGCCUGGAGCGUUCAAAUGCGUGCCCAUCCAUAAGAGAGAGGUGGGGCUCAGCUGCCCGCCUGGUUUCAAGAGAAAUGUCAUCAACCAAGUAUGCGAUGACAUCAACGAAUGCCAGCUCCCCCGCCCCCCCUGCCCGAAGUACCUCUGUGAGAACACGAUAGGAGGCUACAAGUGCGCCGGCAAGAUGGGCAAGCCCUUUACGGAGGCUGUGCCCGGAGCGGUCACUGAACCCGCUGUGACCCCAUCCAGUGCUCCUAAGAAUGAUAUCUGUCCUCCAGGAUUCAGGGCUGGACCUGAUGAUGAAUGUAUUGACAUAGACGAGUGCGUGGAGAGCCUUGACGACUGCCAGCACCUGUCACAGCACUGCAUCAACACGCACGGCAGCUUCUUCUGUCAGGACCACGUGUCCAAGCGCUGUGCCCCUGGCUUCAAGGUCAACAGAGCCACCGGGAUCUGUGAAGAUAUCGAUGAAUGUGAAGAGAGUUCUGAAGUUUGUCAGCGUCAUGAGCUAUGCAUCAAUCUACCGGGAGCGUACAACUGCAAGUCAAAAAUAAGCACUCUGCCAAAGCUUGCUACUAAAACCUGCCAGGAAGGUACUAGACUUCGGCCUGGAGGUUCAAUUUGUGAAGAUAUCGAUGAAUGUCGCGAGGGCACACAUCUGUGUGACCAGUUCCAGAACUGUAUCAACUCUUUCGGUGGACACGAGUGUCGCUGCAAGACUGGCUUCUCUCUAGACUCAGCAUCAGGAUCCUGUGUUGAUGUCGACGAGUGCGCGUUAAACCUGGAUAAUUGCGGCCUUGGACAGUUCUGUCGCAACCUGCUUGGCUCCUUCACAUGCUCUCGCCAAGCCCCCACCAGCUCCACCACCAACCCGCCACUCUACGAGUACGAGUACUACGACUCCGAUGAAGACAAUUCAACAACAGACAGCGGCUACCCAGAGACAGUACCAACAAUCCCUACGACAUCAUCCACAACCACAACACGUCGACCCACCACAACCUCCACCACCACAACUAGCACCACCACUACACCCAGACCCACAACCACAUCAUCAACCACAGUCAGACCUGCCAGGAUCUACCCCUACCCACCUUACUACGAUAGGCCAAGAUAUACCACAUCAACGACAGUUAGAACCACUACUGCAAGGAGACCAGAAUACCCUUACCCCCGCAGACCAGAAUAUCCUCGCAGACCAGAAUACAACCCAAGAAGACCCGAAAAUUACCCUAGGAGACCGGAAUACCCCAGACCAGAAGGACCUGUGCCCAGACCGGAAGUGACGGAACCUCCUCGAAGGCCUGAGCGUCCAACUCCAGAAGUACCUGAUGAUCGAAGGACCAAUGAAAUAGGCGGAGAUAAGCCAUUCGAUCGUCCUGACUUCGAUAUCGCUGACUUGCAUUGCUUGGACGGUUUUGAAAAGGAUGCCGAAGGAAAUUGUGUUGAUGCGGACGAAUGCGCUGCUGGGCAGCACGCGUGUAAAAACACGGAGAUUUGUGUGAACAAGCCCGGCGGGUACAUCUGCGAGUGCAUGGCCGGGUUCCGCAGGGACGCGUCAGGGUACUGCAACAUUAUCACCACUCCUAGCGCGCCUAGAGUCACCACUACAAGUACCACUACUAGCACUACUACUGAAACGGCAUUAACAUCCCCUGAGUUCACCCCAACCUGGGCUUACACCCCGACCCGACCGGGUCGCAGGUACCCGCAACCCUCGUGUGAGCUGGGCUUUAUAUACGAUACCAGUCUUGGCAAAUGUGUUGAUAUCGAUGAAUGUGCCACAAACAAGGCGAAGUGCUCGGAGCGCGAAGACUGUGUCAAUAUUGAGGGAGGGUACAGGUGCGAGUGCGGCAGGAGGUGUCGUGGAGAAGGGGACAAACCUACUUACAGCCCUGCCCUAAUUACAACGACUGCCCGACCAACCCCAACACCUUCCAACGAGGGUCGCAACGUGAUCACAGUGGGCGCGCAGUACGGCCAGCGGGGCCCGUACUCGCCGCGCCCCACCUACACGCGGGUCCCCGAUGUCGGGGCCCUGGUGGCUGCCUGCCCCUGGGGAUACAAGCUUACACCUGAUAAAAGAUGUUACGACAUCGACGAGUGCGCCCGCAACGUGUCGGAGUGUGGUCCAGACCAGCGCUGCGAGAACUUCUACGGAGGGUACUCGUGUCAGUGCCCCGCGGGACACCGCCUCGUCGGACAGAACCAGUGCGAGGAUAUCAAUGAGUGCAUGCAUGGCAAUCCAUGCGCCUACAACGCGGAAUGCGUGAACACAUGGGGCUCGUACCAGUGCGUCUGUCGCGAAGGGUUCCGCAACGCGCCCUCCAACGACAAAGUAUGUGUGGAUGUGGACGAGUGUUCCGAGAACCCCGGGGUCUGCGCACAGGGCUGCUCCAACACCUGGGGAAGUUACAGGUGCUACUGUAAGCGAGGGUAUAGGCUGGAUGAUGAUAACAAGACAUGCGUGGACGUGAAUGAGUGUGAGGAGUUCUCCGCGGUGCGCCUGCGCGGCAGCCUGUGCGGCGGGGACUGCAUCAACGAGCCCGGCAGCUACCGGUGCGCGUGUCCUGCCGGGUACCGCCUGUCCGAGGAUAGCAGGAGCUGUGUUGAUAUCGACGAGUGCGAGACAGGCGAGGCGCGAUGCGCGCACAGCAGUGACGAGGGAUCCGUCUGUCAGAAUACCAGAGGCAGCUACCACUGUCAUCAGAUACAGUGCCCGCCUGGGUACAAACUGGAGGCCAAGCACCGCUGUACCCGCGUGCAGCGCUCGUGCCAGAUCGGCGACUGGACGUGUCUGCAGCAGCCCAGCACCUACAGCUACAACUUCAUCACCUUCGUCGCCAACAUUUACUUGCCGACAGGCAGCGUGGACCUGUUCACGAUGCGAGGUCCGUCAUGGCGGGAGUCGGUGGUGAGCUUCGAGAUGCGCAUGGUGGAGGUCCAGGCCUCGCCCGGCGUCAAGCCGGCUGACUUCAGGUGUUUCGACAUGCGGCCAUCUGGCAACAUCUGCGUGAUCUCCCUGCUGUGCUCGCUAGAGGGCCCGCAGGUGGUCGAGCUGGAGCUGACGAUGUCCCUGUACCAGCGCACCAUGUUCGCGGGCAGCGCGGUCGCAAGGCUCAUCGUUAUAGUCUCGCAGUACAAGUUCUAGUACAAGGACUAUUUUAUAUAAUGUGCUGUGCUUUUUGAAAAUGUAUUUUUUAUGUGAAAUUUUAUUUCGAAUUCUUUAAUUGUUUUGGAAGAGAAUUUUGAAGCCUUUUUUGUUGACUUUUUGUAUAAAAAAAUGUACAUGGUACAUGUACGCGGUUCAAGCCCAUAGCUUAAGUUUGAUUUGUUUUUAGAGUUUUUAUAAGAGAAAGCGUUUAUCCUUGUGUCUACUUUGUGAUAUCUCUUUCCUUGUCUUUAAGAACAGUCUUGAUUUUAAAUUUCUAAAAUGUUUACAUAAGUUUUUAUUUUAACUGUUUUCUACCAGAACCCAAGAUGUUAAGGAAACUUGCUUGAAGCAACCUUUUACCCUCAGCUGCUGUGUCUCAAGGCUAGGCAUAGGUCUCCUCAUAUGUUUAAAAGUACGGUUUUUUUGUAGGUUUAAGAAUAAUGUAGUAUAAUUAUAAUAGGGACAACAUAAUUGAAUAGAUUUCCUUAUCAAGGUUAUCUCAUCCCACACAUUAGCGAUUACUUAAUAUUUAUAUUGUUUUUAUAUACUUUAAAUUAAGAUCAUCCGAUCACCUUCACGUAACUUGUACCCACACUUAGACAUUGUAAAUAAAACAGUGCCAUAAAUUGGAA